AGUAAUAUUAAUCCAAACUUUAUAUUUAUCUUAACAAGUUCAUUUAAUAUGUACAGAUUAUUUCAUUUAGAACUAACUCAAUAUGAUAAUAAUUUUGAACCUACAAAUUAAACUUUAAAUUCUAACUCCUCAUUCGAACAACAUGCAUAUGGAAUCUGAAUAUUGUAAAGAGAAGGAAGGUAUAUUCUAGAGGACUAUCUAUCUAGUCUAGCUUUAUAAAUAGUCACACCCCAAAGUCUUAAAAUAAACACUAUUGACCUUCCUAGUCUUCUCUACUUUCUUCUUAGUCAUUUAAACAUUACCAAGAAGCAUACCUAACACAAAAAAAAAACAAAGAAAAAUAUUAACAUGACUCAUCACCAACUUGAUGAUCAUCAAAUGGUUAUGAUCUCUCAAUACCAUCCUGGUAUCAACACCCAACUAGCACUAGAUCAUCAAGGAGAGGUGAAACCAUCGCGGAGAAGGAAGAAGAACAAAGGUGAAACGAGCAACAAUGGAGUAGUGAGGAAGAGGAAGCUUAGUCAAGAACAAGUUAAUCUUCUUGAACAUAGUUUUGGGGACGCGCACAGACUAGAUAUGAAGACCAAGGCCAAGCUUGCUUCUGAGCUUGGCCUUGACCUUCAACAAGUCGCGGUGUGGUUCCAAAACAAGAGGGCUAGAUGGAAGAACAAAAAACUCGAGGAUGAAUAUUCUAAGUUGAAGUCUCAACAUGAGAUUACCAUAAUUGAGAAAUGUCGUCUUGAAACUCAGAUUUUGAAGAUGAAAGAGCAAUUGAGUGAAGCAAAAAAGGAGAUACAAAGGCUAUUAUUGGAUACUAAUUGUGCUAGGGUUUCAAGCAAUAAUAAUAGCCCAAUUACUACUUCUUCAUCAAUAAUUUCAAUGGAGCAGCCAUAUAUCUUGGAGAAUUUUGGAAUGGAGGGGAUAUUAAUGGAUAACAAUGUAUAUUUUGGUUGUUGAUCAAAGCAGAGCAGUUCGAUGCACAAAAUGUUUCAUAUUAAUAUAAUUCAGAAAAGGAUCGUGUCUCAAGAGGUGUGAUAUGUGAACGAAUUAAAUAUAUGUAUAUAUAUGAUAAUAUAUAUGAUUAAUUUUUAAUUAGAUAAGCUCCACCAUGUAUAUAGUAAGAUAUUAUAACCCACACACCUAUGUAUGUAUACAUAAUUUCUUUUGCCUUUGCAUAAUUUAUGCUUAGUAUUGCUAGUGUAUUAAUGAGUUUAUUUAUUGGA